GGGUGAUGUAUUUCAACUCUGCAUUUCUUGCUUCACGAGACCAACGACAACGAACUAACUUCAAAACUCAAAAAGAUUCUAAAAAUGGCGGAAGAAGGUUUAUUAGCAUAUCCAGAUAAGUCAUCUACUUCACUUCUCUCUGAAAUAUCAAAUGUCUCCACGAGACCUUUUGUUCUUGCCUUCACUGUAUCUUCUUGCGGCGCCUUUUCCUUUGGAUGCAUUGUUGGAUACACGGCUCCCACACAGUCCAAUAUCAUGAAAGACUUGAAUCUAUCCAUACCUGAUUAUUCACUUUUUGGAUCGAUAUUGACUGUGGGACUAAUUCUUGGAGCAUUAAUCUGUGGGAAAUUAACAGAUUUGGUUGGUCGUGUUAACACAAUAUGGAUUACAAACAUCCUCAUCAUAGUUGGCUGGUUCGCAAUUGCAUUUGCCAAGGGUGUCUGGCUGCUUGAUAUAGGACGGUUUUUGCAAGGGAUCUCGCUCGGCAUCAGCUCAUAUUUGGGACCGGUUUACAUCACCGAAAUAGCACCAAGACAUUUGCGAGGAGCUGCUUCCUCCUUGUCUCAGUUAUCUGUUGGUGUUGGUAUAUCCGUCCUCUAUGCACUUGGAACAAUCGUUGCUUGGCGUGAUUUAGCCAUUUUGGGCGCUAUACCUUGUCUUAUGAUUGUGCCUCUUCUUUUCUUCAUUCCUGAAUCCCCAAGAUGGCUAGCUAAAGUAGGGAGGGCAAAGGAGGUCGAGGCUGUUUUGUUAAGCCUACGAGGACCAAAAUCGGAUGUAUCAGAUGAAGCAAGAGAGAUAGUAGAAUAUACACAACAUGUUAAACAACAAGAAGACGUCAACGCCCAUGGUUUCUUCAAGCUGUUUCAGAGAAAAUACGCGUUGUCACUUACUAUUGGUAUAGUUCUUAUAGCAUUGCCUCAGCUUGGAGGUCUUAAUGCUUAUACGUUCUACACUGACUCCAUUUUCACCUCUACCGGUGUAUCUAGUGACGUUGGAUUCAUAUCGACAUCCAUCAUUCAGAUGGUUGGAGGCAUUUUAGGUACUGUGCUUGUGGAUGUAUCCGGCAGACGUUCGCUUUUACUGGUUUCUCAAGCUGGAAUGUUCUUGGGUUGUCUUGCAACGGCCAUUUCAUUCAUCUUGCAGAAGAACAAUUUCUGGGAAACAGGAACGCCUAUCUUGGCUCUCAUUAGUGUUAUGGUAUAUUUUGCAUCAUACGGAUUAGGCAUGGGACCUCUACCAUGGAUCGUAGCAUCAGAGAUUUAUCCAGUAGACGUGAAGGGAGCGGCAGGAACAGUGUGUAACUUGGUCACGUCUAUAAGCUCAUGGAUCGUUACAUACUUCUUCAAUUUCUUGCUUCAGUGGAGUUCCACAGGAACAUUUAUCAUCUUUGCCACAGUGAUGUGCCUUGGAAUUGUGUUCACAGCCAAGCUUGUUCCGGAGACGAAAGGAAAAUCGUUAGAAGAGAUUCAUUCUCUGUUCUACGAUUCCCCACCUGAAGAUUCUACAAU